CGGAAGAAGACAGGCGCCAUUUUAAUUUAAACAACAUCCGGGCCUUUUAAAGCUACCGGACCAUCGGACCUCUUCCCCCCGAGCUCGGUACAGUUUCUCCCGGUUAGCCCGGUAGUCUCUCCCGGUUAGCUCGGUACAGGUUCUCCCGGUUAGCUCAGUACAGUCUCUCCCGGUUAGCUCGGUACAGUCUCUCCCGGUUAGCUCGGUACAGGUUCUCCCGGUUAGCUCGGUACAGGUUCUCCCGGUUAGCUCAGUACAGUCUCUCCCGGUUAGCUCGGUACAGUCUCUCCCGGUUAGCUCGGUACAGGUUCUCCCGGUUAGCUCAGUACAGUCUCUCCCGGUUAGCUCGGUACAGGUUCUCCCGGUUAGCUCAGUACAGUCUCUCCCGGUUAGCCCGGUAGUCUCUGGGAUGGAGCAGACCGACGCGUUCCGCCUUCAGACCAAGCUGAUCCUACAGACAGCGUCGGAGUCUGCUGUGUCCAUCCUCCUGCUGAGACCUGGACCAGACCUGGACCUGGAGCGGGCUCGCCUGGCAGCUGUCCUCCACGCUGUGAGCAGAGAAGCAGUGCGCCAGAUCUGCAGAGUGUUCAGAGAGCUGAAUGGCAGUGUGCUGAGGGAGAACUGUCACCUGAGGGACAAAGUGGAACACCUGGAGUCCAAACUGAGCUUAAAGGUCCAGAGAACUACGCAGACACUCUACAGGAUCAAACCGUCAGAUGGCCCCACCCACUCCCUGGACUUCAACCAACCAGCAGCCAACCCCACUGCACUUGCUGCUGCCAUCCUUAACUCCGCCAAAUCCAGAAGAGGCCGGGCGGGAAGAACCUCUCAGGUCCCUCUUGUCAUUAUCAGCCAGCCUCUGCCUGGACCAAUCACAGGCCAGAGCAGCCAGAGAGGCCCCGCCCCCUCUGAGGAAAAACAAUAUCAAUCCAACAAUAAUGUGAUUGCUAAUGCUCAUGCUAACCUGUCUGCUGCUGCACCAGAAACCAACAUGGUCUCCAAAAAUCCGCAUUCAGCACCAGAUGUAGCCCAACCUUCCAUGACAUCACUUCCUGUGACUAAUUAUCCUCCAAACAGAGAGCCGACCAGUUGGGAAGACGUGACCGCAGCAGAGGAAGAACAUGCUGAUGCUAGUGCAGCAACCAAGAGCCACUGUGAGGGACACACAACACCUGAGAGACACACAGCUAAGGAGGAGGAGAGGAAGGAGGAGGAGAGGAAGGAGGAGGAGAGGAAGGAGGAGGAGCAGAAGGAGGAGGAGAGGAAGGAGGAGGAGAGGAGGAGGAGGCGUGAGCGAUACAAAGAGAAGAGGUAUUUCUGUGAGCGCUGUGACAAAGGUUUCCAUCAGAAGCACCAGCUGAGGAAACAUGUGUCCAGUCACACCAAACCGUUCCCCUGCAGUUCUUGUGACAAAGGUUUCUUUAAAGCCUCGAGUCUGCAGCGCCACCUGCUGGUCCACCAGCUGAGUGAAGCCCGCCAGAGUGACCCCGACAACCUGCUGCGCUGCGAUCAGUGUGACAGGAAGUUCAGUCGGCUGCGGCAGCUUCGGGCUCAUCAGAUGACUCACCGGCUGCAGAAAACGCCGCUCAAGUGUAACGUCUGCGAUCGCAGCUUCACCUCGGUGGGCUCGCUCAGGUACCACCAGCUGUCACACUCCCAGGUGAAGCCCUUCAUGUGCAACUGCGGGAAAGGCUUUACCAGAAAGAAGAGUCUACAAGAGCACCAGACCAUCCACACUGGCGCCCGGCCAUACUGCUGUCCCACCUGUGGGAAGACCUUCUCCACCACCGGAAACCUGCGCACCCACCUGAGGUCUCACUCAGAGGCACGGCCGCACAAGUGCAGUGAGUGCAACAAGGCCUUCAAGAGCAAGAUGGGACUACUGCAGCACCACCUCGUCCACUCAGGGGAAAAACCCUUCAGCUGUCCCACCUGCGGACUUAGCUUCAGCCUCAAGUACAACUUCCAGAGACACCUGCGCCUCCACAACGGAGAGAAGCCAUACAGGUGUAGUAAAUGCGGAGAGGGCUUCACAGGUACCUGGGCUCUGAAGACCCACAUGCAGGUCCACGGUGUGGAGAAGACGUUUAUGUGUGACCUCUGUGGGAAGACCUUUUUUUAUAACUGUCAGCUGCAGAAGCACCAGCGGCUCGUCCAUCAAGACAAGGUUCGAGAGCGGGCUGUGAGACGGCGGCAGGCUGCGGUGAAGCCGUUCAGCUGCGCCACCUGUCUGAGGAGCUUCAGCACCAACGCAGCGCUGAAGAUGCAUGAGAAGAGCCAUGCCGAGAAUAAAGAAUUCCCCUGCAACACCUGCGGGAAGUCUUUCCACCUGCGACACCUGUACCUGUACCACAUGAGGCAGCACAGCGGUGACCGUCCAUACGUCUGUAGCAUCUGUCAGAAAGGCUUCCUGCUUAUGGCGCAGCUAAAGCAGCAUGAGCUGCUGCACACUGGAGUCAAACCUCACAGGUGUGACGAGUGUGGGAAAGAGUUUAGGACGCCACAAAACUACCACCGCCACCGCCUGGUCCACACCGGGGAGAAACCGUACGAGUGCGCCGUGUGCAGCAGGAAGUUCAGGCAGUCCAACCAGCUCAAGUCUCACAUGCAGAUCCACACUGGGGUGAAGCUCUACACCUGUGAGCGCUGUGGGCAAGGCUUCUCAGACUCGCGGCAGCUGAAGAAACACGGAUGUGGGGAGGAGUGUCCCGGGACGGAGCCUGGCAGCAGGUGCAGGAAACAGAAGAACUUUUUGUCGUGGCCGGAGAGUUUCACAAACGAAUAAAUGAUUCUUCAACAUUUCA